GUUGUGCGAUCGGCAUUCAUACGUUUGAACAAACAACGCGCAUAAUUUAUAUAAACGCUGUGCGAUGAACGUUUGAAUGGACACAGCCAAGCGGCUUUGGGCGCUGUAACCGAACCGACAUCAAAUCCAAAUUGACAAAGGGAAUCAGCACAGUUGUGUAUAGUGGGUAGGCCCACCAUGUUGCAAAGAGCCAGUGGCCGUAAACAAGAGCAGUACAACAUAUAUUUACACUAUAAUAUGCUCGCCGCAAAAGUAAUAACCAGGUCAUCGACAAUAACACCGACAACACCAGCGGCCGAUAAUAGUGACCUCUCCUGUGAAACCGAGGAGGAUGAUAGAGUAGACGCUGAUUCGGCAGCGUGCGUAGAAGCGAUAACAACAACUUCAUUGUUUGAAUCGGAAAAACGGCGGCGGGUUCAACCGCAACAAAGUCUUCAGCGAUUAGCGCUUAAAAGUUGCGAAAAAAACAAUUUUGAACAUACGAGUAUUAAAGGGAGAUUGAAGUAUGCGGAAGAAGAAACUGGUCAAUUGCGGGAGAACGUGCUGGAGGUGGGAGACUGUGAAACCACACACAACUAUUGCAACGAUAACAUUAGCGGAGAUAUGAACUCUACUAGUACAAUACCAUUAGUCACAUCCAUAAGCACAAGUGGUUCUAUGCAAAUAACAUCCAUAGACGGCUUCUUUAACCGCAAGCGUGGCAGACCACCAAAAAACCGUUUCGUUGAGAUUUAUAAAAACGUAAGUACAACCUAG